AUGGAGUUCAUAAACGAGUCGUUGGACUUUGGAUAUCCGAGGCAUUUUCGCAAUUAUAACGAGUCGCCGGUCCAAAACACCACUGAGAUAGACUUGGACGAGCUGUUUCCUCGCAGUGUGAGAAUCACCAUCACACUGGUCUACAUGAUCGUGUGCAUGGUGGGACUCGUUGGAAACUGCUUGGUGAUGUAUGUCAUUAUCAGGUACACCAAGAUGAAGACAGCCACCAAUAUAUACAUCUUUAACCUGGCAUUAGCUGACACACUGGUCCUGGCCACACUUCCUUUCCAGGGCACAGAUGUAUUCCUUGGUUUUUGGCCCUUUGGCAAUACCUUGUGCAAGGUAGUGGUUUCCAUCGACUACUACAACAUGUUCACAAGUGUCUUCACCCUUACUGUGAUGAGCAUGGACCGCUAUGUAGCUGUGUGUCAUCCUGUCAAAGCUCUGGAUAUGAGGACGCCCCACAAGGCCAAGGUGGUCAACAUAUGUGUGUGGUUACUGGCUUCUGCCAUUGGUGUGCCGGCCAUGGUGCUUGGAGAUGUUGAGGUUGACCAUGGUAAGUGCAUCGAGUGCAUCUUGGUCCUGCCAGACCCUCGCAGCUAUUGGGAGCCAGUGUUUGGCACAUGUGUGUUCCUGCUGUCCUUUCUAAUCCCGGUGGCCAUUAUCAGUGUGUGUUAUAGCCUGAUGGUGAAGCGCCUGCGUAAUGUGCGCAUUUUGUCCGGUUCCAAGGAGAAGGAUCGCAACCUACGGCGCAUCACUCGCAUGGUGCUGGUGGUGGUGGCAGCAUUUGUGGUGUGUUGGACACCCAUCCAGAUCAUGGCACUUGCACAGUCAUUGGGUGUCAACCUGGGCAGUGUGCACACUGUGAUGCUCAUGCACUUCUGCAUUGCACUUGGCUACGUCAACAGCAGCCUAAACCCAGUACUCUAUGCUUUUCUGGAUGAGAACUUUAAGCGCUGCUUCCGUGAGUUCUGCCAACCGCCAUCACCCUUCAGCCUGGACGCGCAGCAGCAGUCAGGCCGAAUGCACAGCGUAGCGCGAGAUGUUGCCUACAACUGCAAAACUACAGAGGCAAACAGUAAUGUUGCAUGA